AUGGCGGCGACAUCAUGGCCGGAGGAGGCCAUCAAGUGGUUCUCUUUAACGUUUAUCGGACUCUCCGUCACGGUCCUUCUCGGAUACACCGUCGUUAUGUCGUACUUCAAUUCCAAGAUAGCCGGCGGCUUUAUGAGGAACCGGGAUCGUACCUUUGAGGAGCUCUAUCAGGAAAGGAAGAAGAACAAGGCGACGACGACGACGGCUGAGGGAAGCUCGAGCAAGGACGCUGAGGGUGUCAAUGACAAGGAGAAGGAGUAUGGCGAGAAGAAUGCUCCUUAUCUUAUUGCGGGAUUCUUUCAUCCCUACUGUAACGCAGGAGGCGGAGGAGAGCGUGUACUCUGGACGGCGAUCAGAGAUAUUCAACAAAAGUACCCCCAUGUGGUCUCGGUAGUCUACACUGGCGACACAGAUGUCAACAAGCAGGAUAUCCUGGAAAGAGUUCGGACUCGAUUCAACAUUGACUUGGACCCUUCCCUCGUUGGGUUCGAGUUUCUGAAGAAACGGUUCUGGGUUGAGGAUGCGAAAUGGCCUCGGUUUACGUUGAUUGGGCAGAGUAUUGGGUCGAUGGUUUUGGGGUGGGAGGCGCUGCAGUGUGUUGUUCCUGAUAUCUGGAUCGAUACGAUGGGAUACGCAUUCACGUACCCAGCGGCCAGGUUGUUUGGAGGAUGCCAAGUGGUCGCCUAUGUUCACUACCCAUCCAUCAGCUCAGACAUGAUCGGACGAGUCGCCAGUCGCGAGAGCGGCCACAACAACGCCAAUGAAGUCGCCAAAUCCUCGUUCUACACCAUCCUAAAACUCGUUUACUACCGUCUCUUUGCUCUGAUCUACGCCCUCGUCGGGAAAUUUUGUCAUACAGUCAUGACCAACUCUUCAUGGACAAAGGGACAUAUCGACUCGCUCUGGGGAAUCAAGUCAACAGUAGUUUACCCACCUUGUGACACUGAGGCGUUCAAGGAUUUCCCAUUGCGUGAUCGAGAGAGAAUUGUGGUCAGCGUGGCCCAGUUCCGUCCUGAGAAGGGACAUGCGUUGCAGUUGGAUGCUAUGGCGCAGUUGUUGAAGGAUCAUCCUGAAUAUCGUCAGAAAACUGGUGGAUUGGAGAAGAACCCCAAGGCGGUGCAGCUGGUUAUGGUUGGAAGUGCCCGUAAUGAGUCGGAUACUAACAGGAUCAAGCAAUUGAAGGAGAAGGCUUCCCAGCUCGGUAUUACGGACAAUGUCACGUUUGUUGUCAACGCUCCUUUCAGCGAGCUCCAGGCUUGGUUGGCACGUUCCAAGAUUGGAAUCCACGCCAUGUUGGACGAGCACUUUGGCAUUGGUGUUGUAGAAUACAUGGCUGCGGGAUUGGUUCCAGUGGCGCAUAACUCGGCGGGCCCCAAGAUGGACAUUGUGCAACCUUACAACAACGAGCCCACCGGAUACUUGGCCUCGACGCCUCAGGAAUUUGCAGAUGCGAUUGAGAAGGUAUUGUCUGCCGGAGACUCGACCUUGGAUAUGCAACUCCGUGCCCGGGACAGUGUUCAAGAACGGUUCUCGGAAAAGGUCUUUGAAGAGGGGCUCCAGAAGUGUCUCCAUGAGGCCCUUUCGCGUGAGGCGAUUACUAUCUAUGGACGGUAUAUGCUUGAUCCUCCAGAGGGCGGGUGGCCUUCUGUGGUUGAAGAGGACAAAAAGGGGAAAAAGGACAAGUAG